AUGUCUCUUACAAGUCUGCCCUUCGAACUGCUGCUGCUGAUAGCAAGCGCCGUUACAGAUGGCCGUGAUGGUCGACUGCAUCCAGCCCAGACAUUGAAAAGCAUCUAUGCAUUAUCUCGAACCUGUCGGGUAAUAUAUGGUAACUUGUGUUGGAAGUUAUAUCGCUAUGAUGUCGACAGAGGCGAGAGCUCGGCGCUCCUCUGGGCGGCCGUUACAAACAAUCCCAAGACGGCCAAGUUAUCUCUCGCCAGCGGCGGCGAUACGCGUGCCACGAACCAACACGGUCAGUCCCCACUGUGGCUAGCAGCUCGCCGAGGAUACCGGGAUAUUGUUGAGAUUCUGCUCGACCACGGUGCUGAUAUCGAGAUCAGGAACCCGGUAGGGCUCACACCGCUUGCGAUCGCAUCGCGAGAGGGAUGUUGCGAAAUUAUGAAAGUAUUGCUGCAUCGAGGAGCAAAACAUGCAACUCAGACUCCCGAUCACUCAACUCCUCUUCUUUGGGCCAUUCGCGCUGGAGCAACAGAUGCGGUGAAGCUUCUCAUCGAACACGGAGCUCAGCUUCCGGAACCAAGCACAACUCCAUGGCGACGAUGGGCUCUAGCUGCGUACCGUGCCGGGCCUGCUAGGUGGGUUGGCAUCCCUGAAAUCCAAGCACUGAUGGAAUCAAGCCACGAUCCCAACCAAGGAAAUCAGCUGUCAGUACGACCUUUCCUUCAUGCCAUGCAGCACCAAUUUCUUGCAAUGUCCACUUUUAUUCUGGACCAGUGCAUCACCUCGAUAAACGACCUUGGCUCGUUUUUCGGUCACUGCCCCGCUGAUGAACCUAUGUAUGACAAGAGUCGGCAGGGGAUUGAGCGGGUGAUAUGGGCGGGUUGGCGAGCAACGGAGCAGCGGAUUCACUUUGGCCGUCCACAAAACAGCCCGUUAUGGUGGGCGGUUUACCAUGGCGAAGAGGAAUUCGUCGAGAAACUACUGAAACGUGGAGCUGGGACUAAUUCUCAGACCGAUCGGUACAGACACGACAGGAAACCAACCAGGUUGCUUUCGCUUGCCCUAGUUCGGGGGUUCCCUGGAAUUGCCGAGCUCCUAUUGGACUGUGGAGCGGACGCAAACUACUAUUUUUGGGACGGUUCCUUGCUGAUAAGGGUCCUACGACUUGGGAAUGAACGAUUGGUGAUGAAGGUCUUGUCGAGUUUGAAUAUGGUUGGAGCUCUCCAUAUUGCCAAUCAACGACGGCCACUGGUCAUAGCGAUUGGGAAACAAAAUGCGACGUUGGUGAGAAUGUUACUCGAGUUCGGCGCGGAUCCAAAUGUGGAAUUCUCCUAUGUGAGAAAGGCGGAAGACGGCCACAAAUAUGAGAAGCGGCAAACGAUACUGUCGAUUGCGAUUCAGAGAGGGAACCGGGAUGUGGUGGAAACUUUGCUCGAAUAUGGAGCCGAAUAG